GGUACCAUAAAGACAGACGUGAAGAUAAAAUACAAUAAGCCAGACAUUGUCGUUAUUGAUAAAAAGAAUAAAGAAAUAUUAAUUGUUGAAAUUGGUGUUACUUCGAUUAACAAUCUACAACAGGUAGAAUCUAAGAAGUUAAGAAAGUACGACGUAUUGGCUAAUGAACUUUGUUUGUUUCACGGAUGCAAAACAAGAAUAAUUCCAUAUGUAUUGACAUGGUAUCGUUACAAAAUACCAUGCAAAAUACAGGAAAGAGCUUGCAAUUUCUGA